CAAUAAGCGGUUUGCUACUAGCGACAAUGAGGAGGGCAUGACGCCAAGUAGCAAUGCUGAUGAGCAAAACCAGGUUGCUUCGUCUGAUACACCGUUGGAGAAAACAUCCGCCAUCAUGAAAUUGAGCUUCUCCACUGAAACCCUAACCCUAACCCUAGCUUCACCAUCUUCCUCCUCUGCUAUUCCUGGAGAUUCCCUUCCGACUCUUCCAUUCGAUCUCGUUGUAGAGAUUCUCUCCCGGCUUCCCGUGAAGUCUCUCAUGCAACUCCAAUGCGUCUGUAAGUAAUGGAAAUCUCUCAUCUUCGAUCACAAAUUCGCCAAAAAGCACCUUCAUGUGUCAACCACGCGCCCACGUCUCCUCGUCUCAAGUUUCACCCAUUUCUCACUCGAGGUCGACCACAUGUCUUACCCUCUCUCCUCUCUCUUCACAAAAGUAACCUCCAUCCCCACUGCCUUGCACCUAGAUUACCCUCUCAAUGAUAAAACUAUCCUAGUUGCUUCUUGCCAUGGCAUUCUCUGUUUCGCACUCGAUCAAAUUUGUGGAACCCUUCCAUUAGCAAAUUUACAAAGUCGCCCUAUCUAGAAGUUCCUCCAACUCGAACGCCUAGUUAUUUCACAAUGUAUGGCUUUGGAUAUGAUCAUUCCAGUGAUACUUACAAGGUGGUCGCAGUUUCUUGGUAUGAAUCUCUUAUUAAUGGUAAUAGGGCUAUGAAAACUCAAGUAAAUGUUCACACCAUGGGUACCGAUUAUUGGAGAAGGAUUCAAACCCAUUUCCCUUAUCGUUUUCCUAAUACCGGAACAGGAAAUUUCGUUAGUGGAACUUUUAAUUGGUUUGAAGCAGAACAUCGUUUUCCUUAUACACGAAGCAUUGUUUCUUUUGAUUUGGAGACGGAGUCUUUUCGAGAGAUAUUGCAGCCUGAUUAUGGAGGGAUGUCUGUGUUUUCUCCAAUCUUAAAUGUGAUGAUGGAUUGUUUGUGCAUACUUUGUCAUGGUGAUACUUUGGCAGAUGUUUGGCUUAUGAAGGAGUAUGGAAAUGAAGAUUCUUGGGCUAAAUUGUUCCGUGUUCCUUACAUGGGAGAUGCUGACAUACCAGCUCGUAAUUUUUGUCCAUAUUACAAAGCCCUUUAUGUUUCCAACGAUGACCAACUGUUGCUGGGGAACGUGCACGAGUUGGUUGUUUACAAUUCAACAGAUGGUACUUUUAAGGCUUUGGGAAUUCAAACGAUCAACGGCCGGUGGUGUCCAGAAGUCUAUCAUGAUAGUUUGAUAUCGCCUUGUUCUUAAUAUUAUGCCACUUCCUGAGGUUUAUCAAGAACCCUUCCAUUGGAUCUUCAACUCGCUUAUUGCAGUUUUUAUGUUAGUUUCUGUUUAUGGGUUACUUUAUGAAUUAUUUGUUAAAGUUGGAAUAGCAGCUUGUUACUUUUA